AUGACCAUAGACGACCCGACGGAGGAGAAGGCCUACGGCCAGGAGGGAGCUGAUACCGUCGUCGUCGACCGUGAUUGCGCCCAAGUGGUCAGGUGCGUGUUCAACGUCACGAAUUUGUUGACGAAGACGAUCACGCAGGAGGAGAUUGACAGCACCGAGCAAAAGGACAUGGACACCGCGUACGGAAUGAUGAAGAAGGACUUGUCCGUCGUCUUGUGCAGUAACCCUCACGGACGAUUAGAUCGAGGGCACCACGCUCACGAACUUAACUCACUUAUAAGGUCGGGCACUCAGAUGACCUUGCUGAAGAACGCGAUUUUGGUCACGUCCAUGAUUGAGGAGGUGGACGGCGUCAUGCUCACGAACGAGUGUACCACGUCGCCUGUGAUCGACAUCAGGCCGGAGAACCUGCCUGGGAUAGCCAAGUCGAUCGGCGACAACACGAGGAACAUCCUGGGCAAGUUCAUCGUCCUGAACGACGGUGUCGAGGUGUACAAGUGGACCAAGAGCAGGUUCAUUAAGGAGGACGGAGUACGAGACGGGGACUAA